UCGCUUCGAAGCCCACGUGCAAAGGUGGGAACAUCACGAAAUGGACUGCCGAUGUGCCUUUUCCACUUCUUGGGCAUUUUUGAAUGAAUUCUCUGUCUCUCUCUCGCACCGCUAACCACCUGUGCCUCUCUCUCUCUUCGUCUCUUCACUAGGCCUGAGCGCGCGAUGAGGCCGCGAACCCGACGCCAGUUGAUGGUUGACGAGCGGCGAGAGAAGUUGUGCGACUGCGUCUCAGGCUCUGGACAGUGGACACUCACCUGGUGUGAUCAUCAAUGAAAUUGGCGCCUCGCGCUGCACCAAAAGCCGUGACUUGUCCCGUGGCGCUGCGCGGCGCAGCGAAGAUUGCCCGUGUGCAUGAGAAGAGAGGAUUUCGUGAGUGUGCUCGAGUAUCCCAGGAAGUUGACUGUUUGAUUAGUGGGUGUGUGCAAAGUGGAAGAAGUGAUAAGGGGAAUAUUGACUGUAAUAUAUCGUGAGAGAUAAACAGACUUUGGGAGUGCGCGAAAGGCAGCAGAAACGCUCCAGUCGCUGGCCAGAGACAAGAGUGAGAAUAUCGAGAGUGUGUGUGUGCGUGUGUGGAAAUGGGGUUGGAAAAUUGCGCCUAAAAUGGACAGUGCUGCUGAAGACCAGUUUUAAAUGCUCGCCUCUUUGAGCUUCAUUCAGUCAUGCUGUAUUUCAGAUUGCUUCUUCUGCCGCUGUUCCUCCACUGGGCGAUCGCCGAGGAUGCGGACAAGGUGGCCGAUUGUGUUCCUGGCACCGCCGGGUGUCUGCAAGCGCCGGUGAUGAUCUCGGCGGAGUCCGUGGAGCCGUCAGGCCUGAAGUUUGUCAACAAAGCCGACAACAGGAAGCGAAAAGUGGAGAGGAAGUCCAUUGUGCUGGAGCCAGACAACCUGGGGCAGAACUGGAAGUGUCCCAACAUCACGCGGAAUCGCAAUCUCGAGUGCGGAUGCGACAUGCCGCACACGCUGAGGUGCAGCGGCGACAUCCACGGGCUGGAGUUGAUUGCGCAGGGACUGAGGGAGGCGGAAUACUCAGUCUCCCUGCUGGACUGCACCCUCAAGAAUGUCACCUUCCUCAGCGAUGCCAGGAUAUUCGAGAAUGUCUCCCUGCACGGCCUCGUGAUCUCCUCGGGGGAGAUCAAGAGGGUGCAUCGAUCGGCCUUUCUAGGGCUCAGAACACCUCUGCAAGCCCUCGGGCUGCCCAAUAACGCCCUCAUGAGCGUCCCGUGGAACUCCCUGACGCCUCUGAUGGCCCUCGAUCGACUCGAUCUGUCCAACAAUCGCAUCAAAGCUCUGGGCGCAACGGAUUUCGCAUCCCUGCAGAGGCUGACGUAUCUGGAAUUGAGUGAUAAUCAGAUCACGAGCAUUUCGCAGAGGACUUUCUCGCCCCUGAAGCGCCUGGUGACGCUCAAGGUGAAUGGAAAUCGCCUGGGAGACUUUCCCUCAAGCAUUCAAGCCAUUGGACAGUGUCUGAACCUGAGAGAGUUGGAUCUCAAGUCGAACAGCAUCAAAGGGCCGCUGACGAAGAAGCUUCUGCCGGGCUUGUCGCAACUGGAGGCGCUGAAUCUGGACAAGAAUGUCCUGACGAGCGUUCACAAUGGCGCACUUGAGGGCUUUCCACGUCUCAUUACGCUGUCCAUGCGACACAAUCAGAUUGAUGUGCUCCAGGAUCACGCCUUUCUGGGACUGAAUUCGCUGCAAGUGCUGGACUUGGGGUACAAUGGGAUCGUGGCCAUUUCUGGGGCUUCUCUGCUGCACCUCAAGAGACUCGUGGUGCUGGACAUGACGCACAACUUCCUGCGAGCACUGACGAGUGACUUGAUAGCGCCGCUGCCGGCGCUCAAGGAGCUGCGAUUGGAUGGGAAUGACAUCUCCAUUGUGGCGAAGAACGCCCUCGAGGGGACGAAUGAGCUGCACAGUCUCUCGCUGCUGGACAAUCCGCUGUCGUGUGACUGCACGCUGAGGCCCUUCGCCGAGUGGUUGGGCAGCAGCGUCUCCAUUCCGGCGCACGAUCUUCUGGGCGCCGUUUGCGCCACGCCGCCGCAUCUGGAAGGCGCUCCGCUGCUCCAGGUGCCCGUGGAGUCGCUGAGCUGCGAAGCGAGCGACGGAGAGUUCGACAACAGCAAUGUUCUGGAUCAGCUGGAGACGAUGUCCAAGAACAGCAGCUCGAGUCACAUCAAGGACUUGAGCGAUGUGAUCACGCUCAGAGAGCUGAAGCUGCAGCCGGACUACAGUCUCUCGCUCACGUGGAACAUCCUGGUCAGCGAAUACAGCUGCGACGCAAUCUUCGUGUACAAAGAGACCAAUAUUCAUGAGAUUCUCCUUGAUCACUCACCGAUCCACUGCGAGCGUUUGGGGUCGGACGAGAGUGUCGUGAGUGUGAAUCUGGCCGACAGUUCCGCCCUGAUCGUCGGCGAUAGUUACCGCUUCUGCCUGGUGCUGCUGAAGGAGAAGGGUGGGCAGUCUGAGCUCGUGGUGGGCUGUUCCAACAUCACGCGCCUCAUGCCAACCACGCCGCCACCCUCGGAUCUCUCCACCUUCGACCGCGUCUCGGCGGCCGAGGAGUUGCUGGUGCCGGAAGAGAACGCCACCGGCGACAGCGAGGCGAAGACGCUAGUUGAGAACCAAACGGUGGCCUUCUUCAACAACGUGCACAUCAACAAGAGCUUCCUGCCCGGCCUGGCGCUUGGUGUGCUCAUCAUGAGCGUCAUUGUGCUGAUCUGGGGCGCCACGAAGCUCAAGCAGAGCCGCCACGCGCCCACCGUGGCCACGUGCUACACGGCGUCCGGGAACGGCGUCGCCGCCGGCUGCCAGGACGCCGAGAACCACAACAAUCGCUACUUCAAGCUGCAGGCCACGACGAGCUUAUGAGGAAAGCGAAUAGUGUAAAAAGGCUUCUUCCUAACCGCUUUUUCCCGUUAUUGUGUAGAUAUUUCCACGAGUGAGAAUCACGAUUAACCACAAGUCAGUGUGCCAUAACCAGUGUGUUUGUGUGAGUGUUGUAGAGCAUAAGCAGAGGAUAUUUAUUGUAUUUUCCCAAGAGACUCCGGCAGUGAGAAAUAAAGACGGACAAGUUCUAACAAGAAGGACAAUCUUUUGUAUACAAAAUAAA